AGCUUGCUGUGGCCGCCUUAGUUGAGGGAGUUGUUCUGGCUCCGCCCACCCCCACCGGCUUCCGGCGGAAGUCUCGCUUCCAGCGGGACAGUGCCCAUCUCGAGUUUCCGGCAGGAAUCUCCCGGCGAGAACCUGGGUGGAGGUCUUUGAAGCACUAAGCUGUACAGCCACAUUCCGCUGAGGAGCUAGAGGGCAGCCAGGUGUUACAGCAUCGUUGCCCACCCUGCUCUGAGAAGUGGGGAGCUCGAGAAGCUCUCUGAAGGAAAGGUGAGGCUUGAACAGUAGACAAAUGGCAGUACAUUGACCAAGGAGGAAGUGGUCAGAAGUAGUCAGGUUAGUAAGUUGAGAGAAAGGGGAACAGGAUACCCUGGCAUGUAGUGUGCCCCACGACUGCCUGGGAAUGGGAGGCGGUGGUUCUCAGGGAGCACGGUGUGGGCUGUUCUGGAGUGUUGGAGACUCAACCCAGACCCUCCACAUGCUAGACCAGCACUACAAAGUAAUUUCUGGGCACGGCCUGGGUUGUUACAACUUGGGGUGGGGGACAUGAAACUCGUGGCAUCUGCUGGGUAGAAACGGAUUUGUUAACGGAUUGCCGCGUAGAAGACUGGCCUCUCCCAGAAAGAUUCAGUAGUCUCAGGCUACAGAGCCCCAAGCAUUGAGGGAAUGGGAACCUCGAGGUCUGUUUGAGGAAGCUUUAACCCUGGGUCCCCAACUGUUUAACUGUAUCAACGGGAGCCUGAGAUCAGAGGUGAGAUCAGGUGAACAGGUCUGGUUAGCAGUUGGAUCUGCCUCUGGAGUUCAUGGUGACCAGAACUGGCUGCAUGCUGGGGAGAUGUGAGCCUACAGAAAGUAUAUCAAGAUAUAAGGCUGCCUUACGCACGUGGGGCAAGGCCUCCUCGUUGGACCCAUCAUGGCUUUAAUCAUGGCCUGUUUAUUAACCCGGAAGUCAGUGCCCAAACUGUAGGGUGAAAUAAGACAUACUUCGCUCUGUUCGUUUCUGCGGUGCUGGAGUUGCAGUGAGAAUUCUUCUUGCUGUAGAAUCCACGAGAGUGAGCCCACCAUGAGGGGAAGCUCACAGCCACCACGCCAGCAGCUCCAGAGCUGUGAGCACUGUUGCCGUCAGUGAAGCAGCAUUCCAUUUGGGCAGCCCACAUGGUAUUCUUAUAUUUUUGGUUGUGAGCCUAGCCUUUAACGGCUGAGCCAUCUCUCCAGCCCCCACAUGGUAUUCUUAACAGUUUCAAUGUAUGGCAGAGCCCCGGAAAAACUGGUUUGCCAAAAGUAGUGGCCAGCCCUCUGCCUUGUGACUAUCAGAGGUGCUCCAGAUGCAGAAGCCUUUUUAGCCUUUCUAGUCCCUGCUCACUAAAUGCUGGGCACCUCCUCCAGGUCACCACCCUGGGUUCCAAGCUCCUCUAAAGAUAGCCAGAGUCCAGGAGUCCUUUGGGCAAAGCCCACAGCCAGCCCGGUUUGCCCUCGAGGAGGAGAUAAGAUAACAGGUUCCAGAGUGCAGAGCGGUCUGUCUGUCCAGCCUGGUUGGGGAGGAGUCUGAUCUCGUGAUUCAGGAGGGCUCCCAGAGGAACUGGCAUUUCAGCACAGUGGGGAGGAAACACCUGCAGGACACCUGAAGAAGCCCAUUAGAACCGUGAACCAGGCUCACCCACGAAGAGCCAGGGCUCCUGAGCCAGGUUUGCCCUGGGCACUCAGCGGUGUUGAGACUAGCUGUUGAAGACCAGGGCAAGCUGUAUAGCUGGGGACCCGUGACUGUUGCAUCCAGCUAACCAUGGAACAGUUUGGCUCCAGCCACCAGCCCCUUAGGUGAGGACUCAGUCAAGGGCCCACUGCCCAUUCCACAUCAUGGAGGCCGAGAGGACUCUUCCAGCCAGGGGAGCCGCCCUUUGAAAACGGUGGUCCAGUCCUGCUGGUUCUCCCUACCAGCCACCUUCAAGAGAGGCCCCUAUUCCUGCUGGCCCACGGAUGGGGAGGUGGGCCCUGGACGUCGCCUUUGUGUGGAAGGCAGCGCUGACCCUGGGCCUGGUUCUUCUAUAUUACUGCUUCUCCAUAGGCAUCACGUUCUACAACAAAUGGCUCACAAAGAGCUUCCACUUUCCCCUCUUCAUGACCAUGCUGCACCUGGCCGUGAUCUUCCUCUUCUCCGCCCUGUCCAGGGCACUGGUCCAGUGCUCCAGUCACAGGGCCCGGGUGGUGCUCAGCUGGACUGACUACCUCAGAAGAGUGGCCCCCACAGCACUGGCAACAGCACUUGACGUGGGCCUGUCCAACUGGAGCUUCCUCUACAUCACUGUGUCUCUGUACACAAUGACCAAAUCCUCUGCUGUGCUCUUUAUCCUGAUCUUCUCUCUGAUCUUCAAGCUGGAGGAGCUGCGUGCAGCGCUGGUCCUGGUGGUCCUGCUCAUUGCUGGCGGCCUCUUCAUGUUUACCUAUAAGUCCACGCAGUUCAACGUGGAGGGCUUUGCCUUGGUGCUGGGGGCUUCGUUCAUUGGCGGCAUCCGCUGGACCCUUACACAAAUGCUUCUUCAGAAAGCUGAUCUCGGUCUCCAGAAUCCCAUUGACACCAUGUUCCACCUGCAGCCACUCAUGUUUCUGGGGCUCUUCCCUCUCUUUGCCGUAUUCGAAGGUCUCCAUUUGUCCACCUCUGAGAAGAUCUUCCGCUUCCAGGACCCGGGCCUGCUCCUGUGGGUUCUGGGGAGCCUCCUCCUCGGAGGGAUUCUGGCCUUUGGCUUGGGCUUCUCUGAGUUCCUCUUGGUCUCCAGAACCUCGAGCCUCACACUCUCCAUUGCUGGCAUUUUUAAGGAAGUCUGCACCCUGCUAUUGGCAGCUCACCUGCUGGGUGACCAGAUCAGCCUUCUGAACUGGCUGGGCUUCGCCCUCUGCCUCUCUGGCAUCUCCCUUCACGUGGCCCUCAAGGCCCUACAUUCCAGAGGUACUGUGGCCUCCUCCCCACGGCUUAGCAUUACUGACUGUCCUGCCAUCCAGCCCCCGCUCACCAGCUGUUGCUGUAGAUGGGGACAUGUGCCAGAUGGUUCUGGCCCCCUGAGAGGAUAUAGGGUCAGUAACUAUGGUGUGUCUACCCCAAGGUGAUGGUGGCCCUAAGCCCCGGAAGGGCCUGGGCUCCAGCGCCGACCUGGAGCUGUUGCUCCAGAGCAGCCAGCAGGAGGAGGACAACGGUGAAGAGGAGUAUUUCAUGACCCAGGGGCAGCAGUGACCAGCUCGGAAGCAGCAUAAGCAGACCGCUCUCCAGUCGGCCACUCUCCAGUCGCCACUGCUCCAGGGGCCCGGCUGGUUCCUCAGAGCAGCUGCAAGUGGUGGCCGCAGAGCCACCGGCAAGAGCUCUGAGGCUCCUGUUCUCUCCUGUGCAGCUUGGUCCCACAAAGCGAAGCCAGGCUCACCUGGAGUCUGAGCUGUCAGUGAAGGGAGCCAGUGGCCUGUCCACUGUUGCUCUGGCUCUCAGAGGUGAGGUAGUUUCUCAGGUUCAGACUGUGGGACAUCUGGGAAGGAGUCAUGGAGAGGCUGGGCCUCAUCACCUGGACAGCAGCUUCCUCAGAGAGUAGAUUUAUUUAUAGUUGAAAUAAUGAUUUCCUUCUCCACAGCACAAUGUUGCCUAAGGCACGAGAGCAAGGAGAGCCCUGGGGCCUGGCCUCUCCUCCGUUCCCUGCCUGGGGCCUGGCCUCCUGCCUUCUGUAGCUCAUGCUCCUGUUUGUGACCCAGGUCCACACCAUGGACCCACAGCAGGAAAUAAAUGCGUGUUUGCCCAGUG